AUGGCAAUUGAUCUGACAUUACCAUUAGCUUCUGUUGCUAAUAUCACAGAUACACAUGAUGUUGGUUUUGUAAUUAUGUCAAGCUUUGGUCAUGGAUGUCAUUUAUUAAAAUUAUCAGAGUAUUUACAGAUUAUUAUUACUGCUGCUACGUCAUUAUCUUGUCGAUAUUCACCAACGGUUCAAUGUACACGAUCUUGGGAUAGUAAAGAAGGUUUUCUAGUGAUUAUUGAUAAUAUGAUGAACUUGGAAUUAUUGUUUGAAGCAAGUAAUCAAACAUGUAGUACAGAUUUAGUUCCAUAUUGGGAUUUUGAUGCUCCACAUAAUUCAACAAUCAGCUAUCAAUCACGAGAUACUUCAGCUGCAGCUAUUUUUGCUAGUGAUUUAGUUGAAUUAUCUCAAUAUGUCACAGCACGUGAAACUAAAGAUUAUUUUUUGACAAGUGCUAAAUCUAUAGUAGAUCCACUGGCAAGUCCAACUUAUUUAAUAUUAGGUAACAAAGAUUAUGUGCUGCGUGCAAUCAUUGUCAAUGGAACACAAGGUCCAUAUUCAGAAAAACCUUAUGAUAUAGCGACCGUAUUGGGUAAUUAUUAUUUGACCCAAACUGUCUUACGUUUAUUUAAACUUUGA